AUACUCUCUAUCUUUCAUCACUGUGUUUCCGACUAUCUUCUGCCGCAUCUCGUGCUCCUCCAACUCCGUCAGAGUUUACGAUUUCCCUUCCUCAUCCACCAUUGCCUCACUACUGCUCCUUCCACGCCGCCCGAUACCUUCACUCCGAGCUUAUCGCUCGCUUGACCUGGCGACACAAGCCAUAUGAUAAUUCCGAUCUUCCGCACUCUUCAAUGCCAUCUCAUGCGUCGAAUACACCCAUUACCUCACACCAUCUCAAUCUAGAUCAAACCAGCGUCGCAUGCCCUGCGCCAUUAACCCCGCCUCCGGAGAGUACCAGCGACCAUGAAAUCGUAGAAGGACUCUCUCAACAGAGGCCUGCCGACGUUGGUGAAGAUGAGGUCAGCCGACGGCCUGUGAGCGACAAUACUGCCGCAGGAAUGUCACUCAUGCAAGAGGAUAGCAUGUAUACGGCUUCUGCUUUUUUCGAAGAGAAGAUGCAUUCAGAGGAGUCUGAUGGAACGAUGGAGGUGGACAGACCCACCGUAGACAUACAUACCGAUGAAACCACCAAGAUGACCGGAGAUACGUGCAAAGAAAACUACCGCAACUCGCCCGACGAUGAUGGUGCGGUCGACGGUUCAGAUCCAACACUGAUUCCGGCGGAGAGAAUUGUGGAAGACACGAAAGCCGUGAUAGAUAGUAGUGGAUCAGCACCUCUAUCACCGCCGCCGGAGUCGUCGCAGCGAGAUCAGACACGAGCGCCCCGCGAUGCCACAGACAAAGCAGGAGUUCCUACGAUAGACCAGGAACUGGAUUGGUCGAGCGAUCUAAGAGAAUGGGAUUUCUCGCGCCGGCGACUCCUGCCUCAAUAUCCUUCAGCUACAUUUCAGCCAUACUCCAAAUUCAAGGGAACUCAACAAUCAGAUCGGCAGAUCUACAACGUCGAAGUGACUAUCUUGACGGUCGACAUUGAGCAGUCAACAAUGUCGGGCUAUUUACAGAUAUGUGGCCUAACUCCAGACCACCCGACCUUGACGACUUUUUUCACUGGAGAAAUCAUAGGCGGGCCGAAUCAGAAAUACAGCUUCAGGACUCGAGAUCCAGCCUGGGGCGCCAGUGACAAGACCGACCUUACGCAUUGGGCGAGGUUCCCUGCCUGGAGACCGCUGAGCCUGCAGGCCAAGCGCAACAUCAACUUUGUAUACCCAUUGAACCACGAACACUGGUGGCAGCAAGAGUGCAUUUUUAUGCGGUGGAAGGAGCAUUUCUUGGUGCCCGACUAUAAGUUGAAGAGCAUCCAAGGAGCCAGCUUCGAAGGAUUCUACUACAUUUGUUUUAAUCAAGUCGAGGGCCGAGUGAGUGGGAUAUAUUUCCACUCCAAGAGCGAGAAAUAUCAGCAACUUGAAUUGAAGCACGAGGGCAAGCAAGGCGUUUGGGGCAACGGCGUAUGUCCUUCGAUCGAAUUUAGAUAGAGGGCUAUUUUCGAUGAGCUGCAACGGCAUUUCGCCAAAGUGCUUUACUGUAUAGCAGUGUAUGUGAGUCGGGGGUAAAUUGCUGAUAUGUUUUCUGGCUGUGAAGCUUGUGGCUUGGUGGUAUAGAGUCCCGUGCAGGCUACUCGCCAGGGAAUGGACCUUAGCGACUGGUGAUACGAUGAAUGAUGAUGCUAUCUUCCUGGGGGCUUUUGUGAAUGCUGUGUUGUGACAGGUGAAGAAACCUUGGUUAGAGCAAGUGAUUCGUCAUGAACUAACGGAUACACGGGAUUGCAUCCAUCACUUGAGAUUGUGG